AUGACAUUGUAUCAGAUAUUCAUCCCUCCACCAGUCCUUCAUCCAUUCCCUCUUCCUCUACCUCUUUCUCAAACCACUUCGAAAUCGGAUCAAUCAAAACUGAGUUUAAGAUUUCAAACACUGGACCAAAGAUUUGAUCAACUAUCGCAAUCGUUACCUCUUACCCAACGAUUAGCGGGGAAAACAUGGACUGAAUUUAGUCAAGCUGGGCUGGAAAGCUUGGAGAGAAGCACAAUCCUGGGUAAACGGGGUUUAGACGAUGUUGACUCAACAAAAAUGGGGGAACAGGAAGGAGGUGAAAAUGUGGAAUUUCCAAAUAAUGGUAUAGCUGGAAGUGAACUAGUUACUGUCGAUAUUGGAGAACUAAGGACCGAUCAGAGGGUAGAAGAUACCAGAGUAGAAGUGAGGAGAAGCUCAAAGCGGAUUACUAGACGAUCUGUCUCUUUACUCAAUACUCUUCCGCAGAUAUACCCCUCUGCUCCACUUGCAGGCUCAGGUACAAAUAACGAUGAACAAUCACAGAUUAAUGAAAUAUACGAUUCAUUAUCAACUACGACAUCUUCAUUCCCUUCUCAAUUACUGACGAAUCCAGGAAAUACAUCAGUAUCAAAUUUACCUAGAUGGUCUAUACCUUUACAUAAAUUGACUAAUUUAUCUACCAUUCUAUCAUCUUCCCAUACUACUACGUCGACAUCUACAGUGAUGAGGAAUAGAGGUGCACACAAUCAGAAUCAAAAUCAGAAUCAGAAUCAGAAUCAGAAUCAGAAUCAGAAUCAGAAUCAUCAUACGGUGAUAGUAUGUGUAUUAUCAACAGAAGGUGUUAUUCAGAGGCAAAGAAAAGAAGAGAAAUCAAGAGGUGACGAAGGGACUUUAUAUAUCGCAAAAUGGAUGGUUGUUUCUCAAUCUCUAGGUCAAGAGCAUGGUAACCAACAGGAAACCACUUGUUCAGUUAGACUGUGGGAUGAUUGUGCGAGGUUAUAUGGGGAAAUGGUCAAAAGAGGUGAUGUCGUUUUACUAGAGAACGUCGAGUUGAAACCAGCUUCAAAUAAAGAACCCGCUCAUCUGUCUUUAUCACCUCAUCAUUCGCCCAAAGUGACUAUUUUGUAUCGUACUUUAUCGAGAUACGAGUCCUCUCGAACGGACUACAUCCACGGACUACCUCGUCGAUUAGGAAUGAUCCCUGCUCAUGGUUCAACGGGGAAAGGAAGAAUCUUACUGGAAGACAAGGCGCUGAGACCGGAUUUGAGACUUGGUAGAAGUGAAGCUGGAGUUAGGAAAGUUGAAGUAAUCGUGAGAUGGUUUGCUGAAUGGGUAGGAGGCGAAGGCCCUGCAUGA